CUCAACAUCGUGUGAGUCAGCGACCGGCCUCCCUAGACCUUCGAGUCACUGUCACUGGGCAGGAUGAUUUACCUGGCCCACACGGCUCACUGGCAGUUCCUGGGCCUGAUGGCUGGGGUCCUGGCGUGGAUCCUCACCAUGACCACAGCCGGCCUCAACGAGUGGCGGCUGUGGCACGUGGCCGAUGUGUCUGUGAUCACCUCGGGCGUGGCCUGGGUGGGUAUCUGGAAGGCGUGCUUCUACAGUCACACCCUUCCCAUAAUGGAGAACUGUCAGAGCAUCAGCAUCUGGGACCACUUUGCUCCUGCAGAGAUCCCUGCGGCUCAGGUGCUGAUGAUGCUGGCGGUGAUCUGCGGCCUGGCUGGGAACAUCAGCGGUGCAGUGGCCAUGAGGAUGGUCUACUUCUCUGUAGCGGAUCGUAGGAACAUAAGGCUGGUCUUCGUGCUGGCAGGGACCCUGUAUGUGCUGACGGGGAUGUUCUGCUUGGUGCCCCUGGUGUGGAACAUGAGCUCUGUGAUGAACAACAGCACCAUAGACUUUCCUCCUGAGUUCCACCUCCCCGCAGCUCCCGUCAGACAGCAAGUUGGUUCGGCCAUCGGAGUGGGUAUCAUUGCCUCCAUUCUGAUGCUCAUAAGCGGGCUGCAUUUCCUGUGUUACCGCUACGCCUGGCAGGCCCUGAGCUCAGACUCCCCCAGGGACACCAGGGAUCCGUGCCACGGUAUCUGGACAGAAGGGGCCCUGGCACAGAAGUGUGAAUUGCCAAAUGGAGACAACCACGGCAGAGACAAUCCUACAUUUCACAGUGAAGACAUCCCAUGAUGGAACAACCUAGUGUAAGGAACAGGGUACUAACUUGCAAUGCGGGAUUUUCACCUUUUUCAUCUGUAGGAAGAUUUCAAAGCAGAAAAGUUCCACAUGAAGCACAGUGUUGCUGAAUCACAAAAUUUAGUUGGCCUUUGUAGUGGAAUGUUUGCCAUGUUAUCUUACCGGAAACACUGCUACACAUGAAUAUAGGACAGCACAUCAAAAUAAAGCAUCACAACUGUCAAGGAUUCAUUUAGACCCACUUAACUUCAACAUAAACAAAAGCUUGCUUUAACUACUAAAUAGAUUAAUAUUCUGAUUUAAAGAAGCACUGACAAUGUGACAUUCAAAUGCCAUUUUAAAGAGCACUCCUUAUUCAUCACAAGUCACACAAGACCAUGCAGAGAAGUUCAGAAAUGUAGGCCUACUUACAGCAGAAAGAAUCAAACCGGUUUACCUUGAGAAAAACGUAGCCCUGUAGGGAGCUAGUGAAGUACAUAAGAAUCCAUCUUUUAACCUGCCAAUAACAGAUUUUUUUUGGCCACUUGGGGACAGCGGAGCAAAAACAACAGAUUUUCACUUUGUAAGUUAAUAUGGCUAACUUAUUAUGAAGCUUGUUAACACAUCCAGCAGAGAUGCAGCAACACUAGCAUUCAUUUGGAUUCAUCUUUCUGUCCACCUGAUCAAUGCUGUAUUGAUGAUACAAUAUUAACUAAUUCUUGCUCAGUUAGCUCUUUAGCUAAUAUAAAUGGGCAGUAAACGCUCAGCAGAGCUAUGCAGAACUGCAAGUUGGUGAUAAUUGUAUGUGGGUUUAUCACAUCAGAACACCUUUUCAAUACCAUUAGUCAUUUCAUCCAUUAUUAAUAUAAAAAUAUUGAUUAUUGCUGAUUUAAUACUGCACUGUGAUAUAUUGUAUUGUAUUAUAAGAUUUGAGUUCCUGCUGUAAUUGUCUAAAUAAAACCUCCAGUAUGCCA